UUGACAUGUAUAUCACACCAACUGACUGGUUCUUCUGAUGUUCACACAGGAUACCAUGUUGAGACAUUCUCUACAUCCAGAGAGCAACAGCAGGAAGAUCAGAGAGCUAAGAAGUCUCAUCACUGCCCACAUUGUGAAGAGAUUUUCCCAUUUCUAUCAAAGCUAAAAAUACACCUAAAAAUACACACAGGAGAGAAGCCGUACUCCUGCUCUGGCUGUGGAAAAUGCUUCAAAACAUCAAAUGAGCUAAAAGUUCAUAAGAGCACACACACAGGAGAGAAGCCUUAUUACUGCUCUGACUGUGGAAAACGUUUUAAAACAUCAACUCAGCUAAAAGUUCAUAAGAGAACACACACAGGAGAGAAGCUUUUCUUCUGCCCUGACUGUGGAACUAGUUUCUCUCAACUUUCCCACUUUAUGACACAUGAACGUAUACAUACUGGGGAGAAGCCAUACUCCUGCUCUGACUGUGGAAAAUGUUUUAUAACUUCAAAUGAGCUAAAAGUUCAUCAGAGAACACACACAGGAGAGAAACCUUUCUUCUGCCCCGACUGUGGAACUAGUUUCUCUCAACUUUCCAACUUAAAAAGGCAUGUACUUAUACAUACAGGAGCGAAGCCUUACUCCUGCUGUGACUGUGUAAAAUAUUUCAAAACGUCAACUGAGCUAAAAGUUCAUCAGAGAACACACACAGGAGAGAAGCCAUACUCCUGCUCUGACUGUGGAAUUUUUUUUGUAACAUCAAAUGAGCUAAAGGUUCAUCAGAGAACACACACAGGAGAGAAGCCUUAUACCUGCCCUGACUGUGGAACUAGUUUCUCUAAACUUGACCACUUAAAAUCACAUGAACAUAUACAUACAGGGGAGAAGCCAAACUCCUGCUCUGACUGCGGAAAAUGUUUUAAAACAUCAAAUGAGCUAAAAGUUCAUCAGAGAACACACACAGGAGAGAAGCCUUAUUCCUGUUCAUACUGUGGAAAAUGCUUCAAAACAUCAAAUGAGCUAAAAGUUCAUCAGAGAACACACACAGGAGAGAAGCCUUACGUUGCUCUGAUGUGGAACGAGUUUCUCUCAACUUUCCCACUUUAA